AAUUAUCUGAACAUCAACAAGCAAACACACUUUACCAAAAGACAGAAACAGUCCUUCAUUGCAAAUACCGGUUUCAUUCGUUAUUUUAUAUACAUCCUCCUCCACCAGUAAUCAAUAUGAAAGUUCUCUAUAUUGCUAUUUUGGGCUUUACCUCCCUUGCCCUCGCGGCACCUCAAACCUAUAAUCGCCGAGAAGAGUCGAAAGAGGAGGCGACGGACCGAUUGCUCUUCGACACCAGCAUCGAGGAUUUCAUGAAGGCCCACGACGAGAAAAACCCAAGCAACUUGAUCUGGGAAGGUGACGGCUGCUCCGGAUCGCCAGACGAUCCAAUGAGGUUCAACUUCACCGCCUCCUGCUACCGUCAUGACUUCGGCUAUGGCAAUUUGAAGGAUCAAGACCGCUUCGACGAUGACAAGAAGAAGGUCGAUAAGAAAUUUAAAGAUGAUAUGAAGGAUGAGUGUGACAAAGAAGACAACGUUUUGAAGGAGGCGGCUUGCAAGGGUCUUGCAGAGCUGUAUUACAGGGCUGUCAGAGCCUUCGGAUCGAUUGCUUCAGCUGACGAGAAGGAUGAAGAGAUCAUGAAGGAGAUUGAAAAGGCCAAAGAAUGGAUUAAGAGCCUAUUCGAUUGAAAGGCUGGAAACACUGCGGCGUGUUACUCGGUGCACGGUGCAUACAAGAUGCGAGUAGAGGAACCCAUUAU